AUGGACAAAUUGCACGCCAGCACUAAUGAGAUUGGCGUGAGUUUUGUGAAGGAUGUCGGCGGCGAGCCGUCGGCUUGUGCUUCAUUGUCGUCGUCGUCGUCAUCGGCGGCGGCGGCGAAUCGCGACAAGACGGCAUCGCUGAAAUCGAAUGCGACAUCGCAUUUGUCGGCGGCGACCACCGCGGCCAAAGGAGGCAUUUUAUGUUGCCGAUCGUUGUUCUCGCGACGACGAGUAUUGCAUUCGAGGACCGUCCGCGUCGGUUAUGGUCCGAUAGGUCACGACGCGAAUGUCGCGUUUGCGCCGAACAAAGUGUGCAAUCAGAAAUACAACAUAUUCAGUUUCGUUCCGCUAGUAUUAUUCCAACAGUUCAAAUUCUUUUUGAACUUGUACUUUUUGCUCAUGGCCUGCUCGCAAUUCAUUCCGGCAAUACAAAUUGGAGCGCCGAUAACGUAUUGGGGACCAUUGGGUUUCGUCCUCACCGUCACACUAAUUCGAGAAGCGUUCGAUGAUUUCGUGCGAUAUUUACGCGACAAAGAGCUGAACGGCGAACGAUACGAAAAAUUGACGCGCGACGGCACACGUGUGGAGAUCAAAAGCUGCGACAUCGAAGUCGGCGACGUGAUCAUCAUUCAUAAAGAUCGACGAGUGCCGGCCGACAUCGUGCUUUUGAGGACGACAGACAAAUCUGGAGCAUGCUUCAUUCGGACGGAUCAAUUGGAUGGCGAGACGGAUUGGAAGCUGAGGAUACCGGUGCCGAUAACACAACAUUUGAUGAAUGAAGCAGAUAUCAUGGAAUUGAAUUGCGAGAUUUAUGCCGAGAAGCCGCAGAAGGACAUUCACGCGUUUGUUGGGACCAUGAAGAUCACGCAAGAUGAUAAUGUUCAAGACGGUUCGCUGAACGUUGAGAACGUUUUGUGGGCGAACACGGUCGUCGCUUCGGGAACCGCAAUCGGAAUUGUGGUGUACACGGGACGAGAGACGAGGAGUGUCAUGAAUACGACGUUGCCCGAAAGCAAAGUCGGAUUGUUGGAUUUGGAGGUGAACAACUUGACCAAAGUGCUCUUCAUUUUUGUCGUCGUUCUCUCGGCGGUUAUGGUUGUCAUGAAAGGUCUCGACGGCCUCUGGUAUCGCUAUGUGGUGCGCUUCAUUCUGCUAUUCUCCUACAUCAUUCCGAUCUCGUUGCGCGUCAAUCUCGACAUGGCCAAACUGUUCUACUCGUGGCAAAUCGGACGCGACAAAAAGAUUCCCGACACGGUUGUGCGAUCGUCGACGAUUCCCGAAGAGUUGGGACGCAUCUCGUUUUUGUUGUCCGACAAAACGGGCACACUCACCAAGAAUGAGAUGCACUUCAAAAAGAUUCAUUUGGGAACGGUUGCGUUCAGUAGUGAUGCUUUCGAAGAAGUCAGCCAACACGUUAUAAGCGCCUAUGCUGGACGUCUUGCCAAGCACUCGUUUUCGGCGAAACUUCAGAAUGCGGUCGAAGCGAUUGCGCUCUGCCAUAAUGUGACGCCGAUAUUCGAGAAUGGCGAGACGUCGUAUCAGGCGGCGAGUCCCGACGAGGUGGCCCUAGUGAAAUGGACGGAGAGUGUCGGCGUGCGACUCGCUAGCCGCGAUCUUCACUCGAUUCAAUUGAGCAUUCGGAUGCCGAACGGGCAAUUCUUGACGAAACAAUUCCAGAUUUUGCACGUUUUUCCAUUCACCAGCGAGACGAAACGAAUGGGAAUUAUUGUGAAAGACGAGACGACCGACGAGGUGAGUCUGUUGAUGAAGGGCGCCGACACGGUGAUGAGCGGAAUGGUCCAAUACAACGAUUGGCUCGACGAGGAGUGCAGCAAUAUGGCGCGCGAGGGCCUCCGAACGCUGGUCGUCGCGCGAAAAUCGCUGUCGGCCGCCGAGCUCGAGGCGUUCGAUCGCGCCUAUCACGCGGCAAAAAUGUCGAUAUCGGACCGAUCGCAGAAUAUGGCGUGCGUUGUGAAUCGGAUGCUCGAGAAGGACCUUCAAUUGUUGUGUUUGACGGGUGUCGAGGAUCGUUUGCAGGACCAAGUGACGACAUCAUUGGAGUUGUUGAAGAACGCGGGCAUCAAAAUCUGGAUGUUGACCGGCGACAAACUCGAGACGGCGAUUUGCAUCGCGAAAUCGAGCGGUCUGUUCGCGCGAACCGACAACGUGCACGUGUUCGGCAACGUGCACAAUCGAACUGACGCGCACAACGAGCUCAACAAUUUGCGGCGAAAAUCGGAUGUGGCGCUCGUGAUGCCCGGCUCGGCGCUCAACGUCUGCCUACAGUACUACGAGGCGGAAGUCGCCGAGUUGGUGUGCGCGUGCACGGCCGUCGUGUGUUGUCGCUGCUCGCCGGAGCAGAAGGCCCAAAUUGUGCAAUUGUUGAGGAAGUAUCGCGCACCGCUUCGCGUCGCCGCGAUUGGCGAUGGUGGCAACGAUGUGUCGAUGAUCCAGGCGGCGCACGCCGGCAUCGGCAUCGACGCCAACGAGGGCAAACAGGCGUCGCUGGCGGCCGACUUCUCGAUCACCCAAUUCUCGCACGUGUGCCGAUUGCUUCUUGUCCACGGACGAUUCUGCUAUAAGAGAUCAUGCGCUCUAUCGCAGUUUGUUAUGCACAGAGGUCUCAUCAUUUCGACGAUGCAGGCGAUAUUCUCAUGCGUCUUCUAUUUCGCUUCGGUGUCGUUGUAUCAAGGUGUUCUCAUGGUCGCCUAUUCGACGUGCUACACAAUGUUGCCGGUGUUCUCGUUGGUCGUCGAUCGCGACGUGACCGCCACCAACGCGCUGACGUACCCGGAGUUGUACAAGGAGCUCGGCAAAGGUCGCUCGUUGUCGUACAAGACGUUCUGCAUUUGGGUGCUCAUCUCGCUCUAUCAAGGCGCCGUGAUAAUGUACGGCGCGCUUCUCGUGUUCGACACCGACUUCAUUCAUGUCGUCUCGAUCUCGUUCUCGGCGCUGAUCAUCACCGAAUUGAUUAUGGUUGCGAUGACGGUGCACACGUGGCAUUGGGCGAUGAUUUCGGCGCAGGCAAUGUCAAUCGGUCUCUACAUGGUGUCAUUGAUAAUCUUCGACCAAUACUUUGAUCGCCAAUUCGUUUUGUCAUGGAUGUUCGUCUCGAAGACGACGGCGAUCACAGCGAUCUCGUGCCUUCCGCUUUACAUCAUCAAAGCGCUUCGUCGGAAAUUCUCGCCGCCGAGCUACGCGAAAGUCAACUGA